UCCCAAGAACUUAUCUCCUCUUCACCCUCCAAAAGAAACUCUCUUCUUCUUUUUUUGGAAGCGAACGAAGAUCAGCACAAAGAGACACACAAUGAAGAAAGGUGAUUCUUCUGGUGAUCGUCUCCCAAAGUUCUUCAAAGUGUACUUACCCAACGACUCAGGAGACGAUCUGGAGAUACCUGUCUCGUUCAACAGCUGUUUACCGAGCUCUGUUCCUAAGAGCGUAACCGUUACAAACAUCAACGGACACGUCUGGAAACUGAAGUUGAGGAAACUUAGUGGCGAUCCUGAGAAGUUCUCUAUGGUUGAUGGGUGGAAGAGGAUCGUCAAGGACGAAGAUCUGAAAGGAGGAGAGUUCUUGGCUUUCGAGUUCGAUGGCUCUCGUCUCUUCAACUUCUGUGUUUACGGCCAAGCCACGUGUAAAAAGCUUGGUAAGUCCGCAGAGGUUGAUGAUGAUGAUGACGAUGAUGAUGAUGUCAUUGUUAUUGAUGAUGAUGAUGAUGAUGAUGAUGAUGAAGAUGAUGAUGGUGAUGAUGAUGAGGCUGCUGAUGAUGAGGAUGAUGAUGAGGAUGUGGAUGUUGAUGUUGAGGCUGAUGAUGUCGAUGAUGGUAUGGAGACUGAUGAUGGUGAUGAACAUAGGCAGCUUCUGGAUGAUCCGGAUAGCCCGUCCUUUACUGUGAUCCUUAACCCGAAGAAAAAGAGCCAACUGCUCAUCCCAUCUCACAUUAUGAAAGACUACAACUUACACUUUACUGAGAGAAUAACUAUCGUCGACCCGCUCGUGCCCAAGUUCGGGACGUUGGAGAGGAAAAUCAAGCUUCAGGAUAACGGAUGUCUGUUUGUCAAGGGCUUUGGAAGUGUCUUCAGAAGGAACAACGUGAAGACUACUGAUACGAUUAUAUGCGAGGUGAAGAAGAAUGGCAAUGAUGUAGCUCACAUUCUCAAGGUCCACAUUGUUAGGGGAUUAUGAUGAUGACUCUCUCUCUCGGUUUAUGUAUGUGGCUUUGUGAGUCUUGUGGGCAUGUGUUUGUGUGUUUUUAGCACCGUAUUAUGUAAGGAUGCUUUUAUGAUUUGGUUUUAUAGCUAUGGAUUGUGUUGUUUGAGAUGUUUGCAACUUAACUAUGGUUAAAGACGUUUUCUAUA